AUCAAAUUAAACUUUUCAGACCUCAUCGCCCACCCCCUAACAUUUCCCGUUAACAUCUUCUCUUCCCCGUUAUCACCCAUGCGAUUACAAUCUCCCUAAUUGAAAUUUCUAACCCUAACUCACUUCCAUGGCUAAUAAGUGUGAGAUUGUGCGAGUGAGUUGAGAAGAUUAGAAGGUGUUCAACUGCACGACCAAGGUUACAAUACGUACGACUAAUCUGAGGUAAUCUUUGAGUGUUGUUUUUGUUUGUUACAAUGAAUGGGUUGGUUAAUCUCAGAUUUAACCAUAGCGGGAGGUGGGUUAUGAAACCAAAGUUACAGUAUGUGAAUGGGGACGCUGAUACAGUUUAUGGGUUUGACCCUGAUUAUAUGUGUUAUCAUGACAUUUCAAGAAAAUACAAGGAUGACUUGGGGUUUAAAACACUGAAAAAUAUAUAUGUUUUAGAACCUGGAAAGGAUUUGGACAAUGGACUUUUCUUAGUUCAGGAUGAUGACACUAUAAGGAAAGUGUUAAAUCGUAUAAGGAGAUUUUCUUGGAUUGAUACUAUAGAGCUAUAUGCUGACCAUCAACUGGACGAACCCAUUUUGAUUCCCCUGAUAGAAGGUUCAUUUUCUGGAGCACAUAUGAAGAAGAGCUGCAGCUGAAUCUUAAAAAGCUUGGAAAAUUGAGCACUGAAGCUGCUUCUGACCUUUUGAAGUAUCCAGUUCAAACUUGGUGUAGAGCAUACUUUAGUAAUAGGUGUUCAUGUUGGAUGGUUGAUAAUAACAUCACAGAGUCCUUCAAUUCAUGGAUCCGGGAAGCUAGGUCAAAACCUAUUGUAACCAUGCUGGAAGAUAUACGAUUGAAGGCAAUGAAAAGAAUUUCAGAGUUCAAGACAAAUCAUGAUAAGUGGAUAAACGAUUGGUCUCCCUUAUGCAUGGAGUACUAUCAAGACAAUAAGGAGGCUGCUAGUGAUUGCAAUGUUAUAUUUAAUGGGGAUGUGGGCUUUGAGAUUGGAGAGGGGACAGAUAAGCACACAGUUGUGUUGGAUAAGAUGGUCUGCACUUGUAGAGCAUGGGAACUGACUGGAAUACCAUGCUUACAUGCCAUAUGUGCUUUCUAUUACAGGAAGGUAGAUCCUAUCACCUACAUUUCAAGAUGGUAUCAUAAGGAGACUUAUAUGGCAGCAUAUGCAAAUGCUUUGCAACCGGUACCUGGAAAAGCUUUCAUGAAGGUUGAUGAUUAUGAACCCAUUUUACCUCCCCCAGUGCCAAACCUACCUGGCAGACCAAAGAAGAACAAGGUUAGAUCAUCUACUGAGGUCAAAGGAUCUGGAAGUGCUUCUACAUCUGCCAGUGCUACACCUCAGACAUCAUCAAGAAAAGGGAGACUACAAACUUGUGGGAUAUGCCAUAAGGAGGGCCAUAAGAGAGCUACAUGUCCUAAUAAAGAUAAAGAUGCAAGUGUUCAAGGAGCAGAAGGGAAUGGACCUAUACCUGUGAAGAGACCUGCUAGUGUUGCUUUUUCAGAAAUUCCUACCACUACAGAAUCAGCUCCACCAACAAAUCCACACACUAAUGCUAAAAGGAGUACUGGUAAGUCUAAAGUGACAUGUAGAAGAAUAGGAAGGAAGAUAAGUAAACAAUCUGUAACAGGCUUUGGGUGCCAUGUGGAUGUGAACACUGGGGAGAAGACUUUAAAUGUGAGUAUCAAUAGGUUUCCAGUGUUAUGUAAGUGGUUUAGUUUGUUGAUGUAUUGAAAUAAGUUUUCUUAUUUCUAAUUUUACCUUCAUGUACUUGUUUAUGCUUGUAGCCUGGGAUGAGCAGUGAGGAAAUAGUUUCAGAUUUCCAACCUGAAAUGCCACAUGACCCUGAUGUUACAGUCAGAUUUGCAAUCCCAAAUGAAAAAGAUAUCGGAGGAGCUGCCCGGACUGAGAAGCAGUUGGAUGUGCCAACAUAUAGAACAAUACCUUUCAAGGGUGAUGGUACAGAGGUGCAUAAUCCAACAAACCUAUCUUUUCAACCACCUGGUUUGCAAUGGAAUGGGAAUGCAGCAAUCAGCUCUAAGCAGUUGUUACAGAAGAUGCAGAUCAGGAGGUCGGGUUCCAUUCCAAAGUGAUGAAUGAAGACUCAUAUGUUUCAUUAGAACACUUUUGGAUGCAAAUAUGGAUGAAUGAAGACUCAUAUGUUUCAUUAGAACACUUUUGGGCACUUUGUAUUUAUUAGCUUAUUAGCUUUUUGGCAAUGUAGUCGUUUGAAGACUCACUGGAAGUUUAGGUGUUUUGUAUGAAGUUUCAGUACUUCUGGCAAUAUAAGGAACUGACUGCAAUUAUGGGGUGCUAAAUUAGGGCUUAUAAUGCUUUUUUUGUAUUUUGUAACCUCAUUAACAAUCAGUAUUAUGAUCCCUAAUGAUGUGAAGUUAUGAUAUAACAUCUUUUUUUGUUUAUAUAUGUUGUUUAUUCAACCAGACCAUGUUGGCAUGAGGGCUUUCUUCUACAGAUUGUAUUGUGGUUAUGGUAUUGGCUCUGAUUUCAAACUGCUCUCAAACUGGUGUUAUCAGUACACUACUUCAUUUGUGGUGUUAUCAAUACACUGCUCUCAAACAUAGUAAUACAACCAGACCAACUUAUUAAAAACCAAACCAAAGUGUUAACUUAAAUUCAAAUUCUAACACCAACAUGUAUUCAAACUGUUUACAAGGUCAUAACCAAACCAUUUUACAAGAAACUGAAACUAACAUACUAACACACAUAAUACUACAAUAAGGACACAUAACAACACUACAAUAACAUAAUUAUUCUUCAUUUUAGUUUUGCUUUCCAAUUCCAGAUGGGCUGCAUCAUUCAUACUGUUGACUUCUUCAAGUUCACUCUCCAACUUUUGAACAACACUAUCACAUUCCAAUUCAAACAUUGCAGAUUGGAGCCUCCUAUUCUCCCGUUUCAGCUCAUUGAUAACAUGCCUUGCUCUGUCCGUUAAUGGCUCAUCAUGCCAUUCAAAGAAGCCACAUCCAUCCUUCUGAGUAUACACAAGAGUAUGAAUAUCAAUAUGAAUAUAAAUAAAUUAUACAUAUUCAUGAUCUUCUCCAGUUCUCAUAUGUGAAAAGAACAAUUAAAAGCAUACCUCAUAAUUAGGACAUCCAUGAAAUCUUCUCCCUGGAUUCUUGUCAGUCCAUGAAGUCCAAAGUGGCGCCUUGACGCGAGUUCCAUUUGCAUUCAUGCAUCUGCAAAACCUAGAACGCUCAGAAUACGGUCGCUCAUAGAUGCUUCGAAGCUUCACUGAAUCACCGGACUCAGAUUUCCGUGCCUCAGACGACCUCGAUGCUGAAGGACUAGCCGACAUCACUGCUUUCUUCUUCAUAAUCUGUCUCAGAUUGUAUUUAUUAGGUAUAUAUCAAUUAGGUCUAAUCGCAGGGUGAUAACGGGGAAGAGAAGAUGUUAACGGGAAAUGUUAGGGGGUGGGCGAUGAGGUCUGAAAAGUUUAAUUUGAUGUUUAUUUGAUCUCAAAAAAACCUUAAUGUCCAAUACGC